CAUCGCUGCUGCGGGCCGGUCUGUUGGGGCCUGGGCUGGGCGGGCGGUGGCUGUGGGAGGCCCUGGAUCUUGCAGGGCUUGGCGUCGUGAGAGGGCACCGAUGCCUUCUUUGACUCAGAAUUUGCCCUAUCAAAAAGGUUGUUUCAGCAAGCAGGACUGAAGGAAUGGUGCAGCUGUGCAGUUACCAUUGUUUCCUCCUCACCUCUUCAUCGGCUUGAAGCAGUACUUACCUAGUUAGGAAGAGCUGACUGCUAAAGAGAAAAUGACAUCUUUGGAAAAAGUUGAUGAUGCCUCAGCACCCAUUCGAGGACCUGGAGAUGGCAUGGAAACAGAGCAAACAGCUGGAGCAGUGGAAGUAAUCACCGGAGCAAACAGUGCAAGCCAUCACAUCCACCACAGCCCCCAUAAAAAGACAGCUUCUUCCCUGAGUCCUGGAGUUCUGCAGCUGGGGAAAGUACAUCCAGAUAAAUCAGUAGAGAUUGAAGCUAUUCGAUUAUUAGUCCCCAAAGCAGCCAUCACCCAUGUUGUUCCAACUAAAAAUGCUAAGGUAGCUAAAUCUGUGGGACAUAAAGGAGACACGUUCCAUCAGUCAGAUGGAGCUACAGACCCCAAGAAAGAACAGACAGAGCUGAAAAAUGCAAUUGAAAAGCUAAAGAAUUCAGAAAAGCGGUUGUUGCAGGAUAAAGAAGGUCUCUCUAAUCAGCUGCGUAUACAGACAGAGGUCAAUCGGGAGUUGAAGAAAUUACUCGUUGCUUCUGUUGGGGACGAUCUGCAGUAUCACUUUGAACGGAUGGCUCGUGAGAAGAAUCAGCUCAUCCUAGAAAAUGAAGUCUUGGGCCGGAAUAUGGCUCAGUUGUCGGAACAGUUGGAGCGCAUGUCUAUACAAUGUGAUGUGUGGAGAAGCAAGUUCCUAGCAAGCAGGGUGAUGGCUGAUGAGCUGACCAAUACCAGAGCAAUUCUUCAGCGCCAAACCAGGGAUGCACAAAGUGCAAUCCAGGACUUGCUGAAUGAACGCGAUCAGUUCCGUCAAGAGAUGAUUGAUACACACAAGCUGCUGGAGGAGCUCAUGGUCUCACUUCAGUGGGGGAGACAACAGACAUACUAUCCUAGUGCCCAGCCUUACACUACAACAGAGCUAGCAGCUGUGAAUUGUAAGCUAGCCAAAGCUGUAAGCUCACAUCUUCUAGGAAAUGUUUGCACUAACAGUCCAAAAAAGACUUCAACAGCUGUGGAGUUUUGCAAUACCCCUGCUGAGAAAAUGGCUGAAAUGAUGCUGCAUGUACUGGAUCCAGCUGCACAUCCAGAGACAUCAACAGAAGUUUCUUUUUCUGAGACUUCUCCAUCUUCUUUCCUUUCUACAAAGAAAAGUAUUGGAAGGUUUCACCCAUAUACAAGAUAUGAAGAUGUCACCUUCAAUUGUUGCAAUCACUGUCAAGGAGAGCUGAUAGCCCUUUAAAAGCCCAGCCAAGGCAGCUGCACAUGCACUGUUUCUGAAGAAUUACACUAGUUGAUGUUCAGCAGGCUUCCCUUGUCCUUUUUCCAUAAUGAGUAGGUAUGGCCUUGGAAAUGGUGCAGUUUCUGCUUCCCUACCUCUUGAAGUUACAGAUUGACAGGAUUUCCAUAGUCUCUGGGAUACUUCUACUAUUUCUCAACGGGGAAAGCUACUUAUUUUCUUAUACAAAGGCAAGCCAAAAAACAUUAUGCUGGUCCAAUUUGUAGAGCAUAGAGAUGCUCUUGACUAUUAACAUUUAUAGUCCUAUUAGCAAAUCUUAAUGAAUUUCCCUUUAGAGGGAGACAGAAGUGUAACCGUACCAAAGCAAAUGAAGUGCUGAUCAGUUAUGCCUAAAUUUAAAAAUAAUGAUAAAUGGUCAGUUAUAUGCCUUUUUUUUUUUAAUUUUAGCCAGGGUGAUGAACUGCCCUCAAGUCUAUGUUCUACCUUGUAAAGUUAGUCAUAAAAAGGAGUAUGUGCAAUGAUUCUUCAUAGCUGUAAGUUCUGAAAGCAAGACUAUGUGCAAUGUCAGCCCUCCUGUCAAGAAGGAGAUAAAGCUUGAGUGAACUCUAGGUAUAAUACAUAAGUAGUAACUGCUUUCAAGUGGGUUCUAGAAAAUUGUGGGAUGAGGUUUUUCUUGUUUCCACAGAGCUAAAAUAAUGGCUUUUCCAUUGUUUCAGCUUCUAGAGUGAAGCUGCUGCAUAGCUGAUCCUCAGCAAAGGCAGAUUGACAGAGUUCCUUUAGUACAUAGCAUUGAAUCCUGGCCUGGCAUUAGGACUCAGUCCUUGCCCAAGGUUUUCCUGAGUAUUAUUGGGAAGGUGAAGAUAAGCACUAAGUUUGCAUUGGUACUGUUAAAAAAAGUACUUUUUUACUUGUAUGGUUUUAUAAUCUUUAUGUAGAUUUGAAGUUCUUGACAUAGGUGUGAAGAGAAUUUCUAGGAGACAAUCUGCUAAAUCCAAAGAAGCCUAUUUAAGUUUCUUAGUUUGACAUCCAAAUUUACCAUAUGAAGCUGUCUAGUUUAGGGAAAAGGUUUCUGAAAUGGUUGCUUUUACCCAAUUUUCCUUUGAAUCUCAUACCCAUGAUCAGAAUAUGUAAGCUGUGAGUUCUUGCUGUUGCUGGCUCUGAUUUAGUUUACAUGGAGAAAGUUACAAUAAACAUCCUUUACUUGCUUUCAUGUAAA